AUGCCUUCAUGGUGGGGUAAGUCUUCAUCAAAAGAAGCAAAGAAGAAAAAGACAAGCAAGGAGAGUUUGUUUGACACAUUUCGGAGAUUUAGGAUCCCUUCUGAUAAUAAAUCGACCAAUAGAUCAUGUGGUUCUCGAAGAGCUUGCAGCGACACAUUUUCAGAGAAGGGGUCUUUAUCCAGGGUUGAAUCCAGGUCGGUAUCACCUUCCAGAGAAACCAAACAUGUAGCAAGAUGUCAAAGUUUUCAACAUAGACCUCAGGCUCAACCACUCCCGCUUCCAGCCCUUCUCCCUUUGCAUGUGGUUAGUAAUGAGCCUGGAAUCAGUGUAUCAGGAAAGCCAAGACAAGAAAAGGGAUCCAAAUCAUCGUCAUUUCUCCCACUCCCACAUCCUGAAUGCAUGCAAACCAGGCCAGAUCCUGCAGAUUAUGACGGAGCAGAUUCUGUUUCUAGUGAAUGUUAUAGUGAUAGUGAUGAUCCACCUGACUCAAGCCAACGUAGUCCCUUGGCAUCUGAUUAUGAUACAGGGAGUCGAACUACUGCUGGCAGCCCUACCAGCAUGAUCGUCAAGAAUCAGUCACAUGUCACAAAAAUUCAUUCAAAGGAUGCAGCAAAACCACGUGACAAUUUGUUCAACAAUCAUAUCUCUUCCUCACCCCCAAGGAGAAAACCAUUAAGCAGUCACGUGCCAAGUCUUCAGGUCCCUUGCCAUGUUGCAUUUUGCAGUGCUCCAGACAGCUCGAUCUCAAGUCCUUCUAGAAGUCCAUUACGAGCAUUUGGAACCGAACAAGUCAUAAAUUCUGCUUUCUAUGCCGGAAAGCCAAAUCUAGAUUUUCCUUUACUUGGAUCUGGUCACUGCUCCAGCCCUGGAUCAGGCCAGAAUUCUGGGCAUAAUUCUAUGGGAGGUGACAUGGUUGGCAUAUUUUGGCAGCCCAGUAGGGGUAGCCCAGAGUAUUCUCCGCUUCCUAGUCCCAGAAUGACUAGUCCUGGCCCUGGCUCUCGAAUUCAUAGUGGUGCUGUGACACCACUCCACCCAAGAGCCGGAGGGGCAGCCAAUGAGUCACAAAAUAGCCGGCCAGAUGAUGGAAAAAAACAAAGUCACAGGUUGCCACUUCCUCCAAUUUCAGUCACCAGUUCUUCACCUUUUUCUCAGUCAAAUUCAGCAGCAACAUCUCCUUCUGUACCACGAAGUCCAGGACGGGCAGAGAAUCUAACAAGCCCGGGCUCAAGAUGGAAGAAGGGAAAGCUGCUGGGUAGAGGCUCAUUUGGGCAUGUUUAUGUCGGUUUCAACAGUGAAAGUGGCGAAAUGUGUGCUAUGAAGGAGGUCACUUUGUUCUCCGAUGACGCAAAGUCGAAGGAAAGCGCAAAACAGUUGGGGCAAGAAGUUUCUUUAUUGAGUCGUUUAAGCCAUCCAAAUAUUGUUCAAUACUACGGCUCCGAAAUGGUAGAUGACAAACUUUAUAUAUAUUUGGAAUAUGUCUCUGGUGGUUCCAUUUAUAAGAUUCUUCAAGAGUAUGGACAAUUAGGUGAAUUGGCAAUCCGAAGUUAUACUCAACAAAUCUUGUCAGGGCUUGCAUAUUUACAUGCCAAGAAUACUAUUCACAGGGAUAUCAAAGGUGCAAAUAUCCUUGUUGACCCAAAUGGCCGAGUCAAAGUGGCAGAUUUUGGAAUGGCAAAGCAUAUCACAGGGCAGACAUGCCCAUUGUCAUUCAAAGGAAGUCCUUACUGGAUGGCACCUGAGAUUAUAAAGAAUACCACUGGUUCCAAUCUUGCCGUUGACAUCUGGAGUCUCGGAUGCACAGUUUUGGAAAUGGCAACAACAAAACCACCUUGGAGCCAGUAUGAGGGGGUGGCUGCCUUGUUUAAGAUUGGCAACAGUAAAGAACUUCCUGCUAUUCCUGAUCAUCUCUCAGAUGAGGGUAAGGAUUUUGUAAGGCAAUGUUUGCAACGCAAUCCACAACAUCGUCCUACGGCUGCUCAGCUCUUGGAUCACUGUUUUGUAAGAAAUGCUGCACCUUUGGAAAGACCAAUACCAUGUCCUGAGCCAUCAGAUCCACCACCUGUAAUUACAAAUGGGGGAAUUGGACAUCCAAGAAGUCGGCGAGCACUUGAUACUGAUAGGCAUACUAAUCAUUCAUUUAGAAUACCAAAACCUGGUUUUAGUUCCAGUGAUCUCCAAAUUCCGAGAAAUAUAUCCUGUCCAGUGUCCCCAAUCGGAAGCCCUCUUUUACAUUCAAGGUCACCUCAACACAUUAAUGGAAGGAUGUCUCCGUCUCCAAUAUCUAGUCCACGCACCACUUCGGGCGCGUCCACCCCUUUAACUAGCGGUGGUGGUUCUAUUCCAUUUCAUCACAUUAAUCACUCACAUUACUUCUCCCAUAACCCUUAUGGAAAUGGCAUGCCUGCUCCUACUGUCCCUGAUAUCUUUCGAGCAAAGCAGCCCGAAACUCGUGGUUAUAACCCUGCAAACCAGUUACGUGGGCUCACUCAAGAACGUCAAGGAGGACAUGCAGUCUUGGCAGACUCGGUAUCUCACUUGCUCCUCAAAGACAAAGUGAACUUCAAACCAUUUUUGGAUCUAAAUCCUUUAUAAAACUCAAACUCAGAAUCCUCAAGAUGUGAUCUUCAUUGUUGUACUGAAAUCGAGCUGUUCAAAGGUGGAUUUCAGUUUGCAUAUCAUGGGAGCUCGUUCUCAAGUCAUCAUCAAGGCCUCUGACUGAUUUAGCGCACCGUUAACUCGUAUAUGAUUGUAAACAGAUGGUUCACUUAGAAAAAUGAUGGUAUAAACCUGAAAUUAACAUCUUAUAUCAUCAUCACAUAUAGAAGGAUAGAGCAGUAGAUUUAGGGCUACUUUUUUUAUGUGGCAAGCUCAAGCUGCUGUACAGAAAAUGGGGAAUCAACUGGACCAUUUGUAUUUUGGUAUGAUUUAGUACAUAAUGAAAACUC